UGCGCUUCCCAGGAGCACUUGCGCGAGUCGGGGGCGUGGCCGCCAGAUUCCAUGGCGGGCCCGGUGAAGGACCGCGAGGCCUUCCAGAGGCUGAGCUUCCUGUACCAGGCCGCCCACUGUGUCCUCGCCCAGGACCCCGAGAACCAGGCGCUGGCGAGGUUUUACUGCCACACGGAGAGGACCAUAGCGAAGCGCCUCGUGCUGCGACAGGACCCCUCGGUGAAGAGGACGCUGUGUCGCGGCUGCUCGUCCCUCCUCAUCCCGGGCCUCACCUGCACUCAGCGCCAGAGACGCCGCCGGGGACAGCGCUGGACAGUGCAGACCUGCCUAACAUGCCAGCGUAGCCAACGGUUCCUCAACGAUCCCAAGCAUCUGCUCUGGGGGGACCGGCCUGAGGCCCAGCUGGGGAACCAAGCAGAUUCCAAACCACAGCCUCUGCCAAACACAGCUCACCUCAUUCCCACCCACCUUCCUAAGGAAAAAGUCCAGCCUCAGGUUCCAGUUACCAGCAAUGAAUUCAACUCAUCUUCCAGUUAAAUAAAAUUUAACUGUUUCACUUUG